AUGCAGAGUCCACUCAGCCACGUCCUCUCCCCGCCAUCACCUGCAGGCAUGCAGCCAGAGCUGCUCCCGGAGGAUGACUGCCGUGGCAAUCCAGUGAGAGGAGAGGACGCCGAGUGGAGCGUCCACCACUUGCUGAGAAGGAGAAGUAGUCCUCAAGGAAUAAGAAGUGAGAAGGGGGCUAAGAAGAGAGGAAGUGAGAGAAAAAUCAAAGGGAAGGAGAGGCGGCGAGAGAGCGACGGAGAAGCGGUGGAUGGAGGCGGCUCGGACCGGGGCUACCAAGUGCUCUUCACUGACCAAGAAGAACAGCCACGGCUGGCGGGAGAGGACAUGGAGACGAAGGGGAGAAACAUGCCCUCAGACAUCAGUUUCCUUCCCCGUCCUGCCUUGGUUUGGUGCGAGCGAGGCAUCCAGGUGCUGCUGACCACCAUGGGAGCCUUCGCCGCUUUCGCCCUGAUGACGGUGGCCAUCGGAACGGACUACUGGCUGUACGCCCGCGCCUUCAUCUGCAACAGCACCGCCAACUCCUCCCAGGAGGACUCCAACAACAAGGACAAGAAGGACCCCGGGGCCCUCACCCACUCCGGCCUCUGGAGGAUCUGCUGCCUGGAAGGCUUGAAGAGAGGUGUGUGUUCCCAGAUCAAUCAUUUCCCGGAGGAUGCGGACUACGACCAAGACGCUGCCGAGUAUCUGCUGCGUGUGGUGAGAGCUUCCAGCAUUUUCCCCAUCCUCAGUGCCAUACUGCUUUUGCUGGGCGGAGUCUGCGUCGCUUCCAGCGGCUUUUACAAGAGCAAAAGGAACAUUAUCCUUGGCGGAGGGAUUCUUUUCGUAGCUGCGGGCCUCAGCAACAUCAUCGGAGUUAUCGUUUACAUCUCGGCAGCACUCAGCGACAUCUCCCCCAAGAAGGACGAGGAUAAGAAGUGGCACUACUCCUAUGGCUGGUCUUUCUACUUUGGCGGCCUGUCCUUCAUCCUGGCCGAGAUGGUCGGCGUCCUGGCCGUCAACAUCUACAUCGAGAAGAACAAGGAGCUGCGCUGCCGCUCCCGCAGCGACCUCUUCAAGAGCACCACGCACGCCGUGCUGCGCCUGCCCAGCUACCGCUUCCGCCGGCGCUCCCGCUCCAGCUCCCGCUCCACCGACCCGCCCCACUCGCAGGAGGCCUCCCCCGUGGGGGCGUCCAAGACCUUCAGCCUGCCGCCGUCCGCCCCGCCCUUCUCCGUGGCCACCCUGCCCAACCCGCACCACAGCGGCGGCGGCGGCGGCGGGGGGAGCGGCGGGGGCGGCGACAUCUCCAUGUACACCCUGUCCCGGGACUCCAAGCUGGGCAGCCUCGGAGGAGGCGCCCCGCCGCUCUACGGCACGGUGGACCGCGCCACCCUCUACCAGCUCCACAACUACUUCCCCAAAGAUUCCUCCGGCGGCGGCGGCGGCGGCGGGGGCGGCGCGGUGAUCAGCAGCGGCACCCUCCCCUCUCACUCCAAGUCCAACCUGGCGGCGGCGGCGGCGGCCGUGGCCCAGAACGCGGCGCCGCUCAACACCUCCACGGCGCCGGCGCCGGCGCCGGCCCAGUCGGCCCCCAUAUCCACGGCAACCAUGGAGAGAGAUAGGGGGAACGUGGGAACUCUGGACCGACUCACAGCCAAAAGGGACCGAGACAGCAACUCAGAUACCCUGAAUAGGAAAACUACGCCGGUCUAA